CAGGUCAGAGGAAGUUCACAACCACAGGAGGAGCUGAUGAUGAUUAAAGGAGGAGCUGUAACUAUAUAAUGAAGAGAAAGACUGACAGAAACAGAAAAUGGCUGAUAAGUGUGAUCUGUGUCUGCUGGGACUGAUCAUUCUCUCUUCACUUCUCACAGGUACCAGUGGAGUGGAUGAUGCUCGUGUGUUCAUCGGUUCUGGUGAAAAUGUCCGUCUGCCGUGUAAUAAUGAUCUUUCUGACUGCAAAUCAACUACAUGGAUCUAUAACAGUUUCAGACAUUCAGCAGCAGUUGCACUGAUUGAAUUAGGGUUAAAGAAGAAAGACACAGAGAGACAUGAGAGACUGAGUCUGGGGUCUGACUGCUCUCUGAACAUCAAGAACGUUACAAAAGAAGAUUAUGGAUUAUACACCUGCAGACAAUAUGUGAAUGACAAACAACAAGGAACUGAUGCACGUGUUUAUCUGCAUGUUCUUCAUGUUUCAGUGUCUCCAUCAUCAUCAUCAUCAUCAUCAUCAUCAUCAUCCUCACAGACUGAGAUCAGUCCAGGUCGCUCUGUGACUCUCUCCUGUCAGUUGUAUUCUCAUAAUGACACAACUUGUAAUGAUUGGGUCCGUUAUGAGGGACUUCAGCUGUUGUGGGUGAAUCAGACUGGUGUUGAUCUGACGACAGACUCCAGAUAUCAGAUAUUAUUCUCAUCAUAUCACUGUAUCAUCACUCUGACUACAACACUCCUGAAUGAAGAUGACAACAGAGAGUGGAGAUGUCAGCUUACUCUCAGAAAUCGACUCCAGACCUCAGUCAGAUACACUGUCAAGAGUUCAGGUUGA